ACAGAUUAAAUUCAGACUGUUUUCACGCGUUUUCCGCAAGUGCGUGAAUACUCAGAUUCGAAUUUGACCAUGAGACACAUAUAAAAAUGUAAAUGGAUCAAAAUUAAAACUUUUCGGUGAAUCUCAUGCUAAAGAAGUUGUGAGAAAUGGUAUUUGCUUAUUUUAAAGAUUUUUGUAAAUUGUUUUUAUAAAUUUAUGCGAUUUCUUUUACAAAAGGGAAAUUUUCAACCUUGGAGUUAGGGUUAACCACCCGAAAAAAUAAUGAAAUAAUUUUUUUUCUCAAUAAUUGUUUCUUUAAAGAAACAUGGCAACAACCUUAAGAAUGCAAAUGAAGAAUAGCUGUGAGUAUUUACGCGCUUUAGGAUAAUUCUUAAAUAAAUUAUUAACAUAUAUUUUGCUUGUGUAUUAUCUUGUAAAGUCUAUGCAUUUUAUGGUAACUGUCUUUAAUGCUAAAGUUGAGCAACAUAUGCAGGUUAUGAUCUAAGAAGCUACUAAUUUUAUGGUGAACUUUGAGGUAUAGAGGUAUACGAAAAACUUUAUUUAAGGUAAAUAAUUUUAUUUGGUCAAAGUGCUGCCUUCUUAUCCACAAAAGAGAACAAUGCAUCCUCGACCUUUAGUAGCACUUUUAGAUGGCAGAGACUGUUCUGUUGAAAUGCCAAUUUUAAAAGAUGUUGCUACUGUAGCAUUUUGUGAUGCACAAUCUACUCAAGAAAUUCAUGAAAAAGUCUUAAAUGAAGCAGUUGGUGCCCUUAUGUGGCACACUAUAACACUUACAAAGGAAGAUUUAGAUAAAUUUAAAGCAUUAAGAAUCAUUGUGCGCAUUGGUUCUGGUGUUGAUAAUAUUGACAUAAAAGCUGCUGGAGAGUUAGGUAUUGCAGUUUGUAAUGUUCCUGGUUAUGGAGUUGAAGAAGUUGCUGACACUACAUUAUGCCUCAUUCUAAAUUUGUACCGUCGUACAUAUUGGCUAGCCAAUAUGGUGAGAGAAGGAAAGAAAUUUCAAGGCCCAGAACAAGUCCGAGAAGCAGCUCAGGGGUGUGCAAGAAUUCGUGGAGACACACUUGGCAUCGUAGGAUUGGGUAGAGUUGGAACCGCUGUGGCAUUACGUGCUAAAGCAUUUGGCUUCAAUGUGAUAUUCUACGAUCCAUAUCUUCCUGAUGGCAUUGAAAAAUCUCUAGGUCUUACUAGAGUUUACACAUUGCAAGAUUUGCUUUUCCAGAGUGAUUGCGUUUCUUUGCAUUGUACCUUAAAUGAGCAUAAUCACCAUGUUUUCAAUGAUUUUACCAUCAAGCAAAUGCGCCCUGGUGCAUUUCUAGUGAACACAGCUCGUGGUGGCUUGGUGGAUGAGAGUGCUCUUGCUUCAGCUUUAAAAGAUGGUCGAAUUCGAGCAGCUGCCUUAGAUGUCCACGAGAAUGAGCCAUACAACGCCUUAGCAGGUCCACUGAAGGAUGCACCAAACCUCAUUUGUACACCACAUGCUGCAUGGUACAGUGAUGCUAGCUCUACUGAAUUACGAGAAAUGGCUGCGAGUGAAAUAAGAAGAGCGAUUGUUGGGCGUAUACCAGACUCACUGCGUAAUUGUGUCAAUAAGGAAUUUUUUGUUAAUAGUGGAUAUGGUGAAAGCAUUAAUGGAGCUAGAGGAUAUAAUUACAACCCUAAAGGUGUACCUCAUUCCACCACUUUGGAACCUCUAUCAACUCCUCCAGCCAUCCCAGCACCUCAUUCUCAACCCCAUUCUACUCUUCAAGAUGCUCCCAAUCAUAUGGCCCCCAAACCCGAGAGCUCUGAAGUUCAUUAAAUGACUCUGCCUCCUUUUUUGCCGUGCCACGAAGUUACAUCCCACCUGUAUCUGUGCAGCAAUCAGGGCUAUUAAGUAUCUAGACUUUUGCAGCAGUCCUCAGGAGAGAUUGAUCCAUUCAUGUAGUCUGAACUGGAGAAGUUUACCUUUGGCAUCCAGAAAUUGUGAUUUUUUGACAAAUAAUAAUUAUUGAAGAGUGGAUACCUUCUCAGUGUGUCACCAGAUGGAUUUUAAAUAUAUAUUUGUUAUAAAAAGAUAGAACAAAAAAAAUACAUUUAAAAAAAAAUUAAAAUUCAUUGAAUAUGGUGUUAUUUGUUCUCUUCUCCUCACUAUUUCCCUUCUACCCUAUUUGAAUAUAAUUCCACAGUAAAAAUGGAAGUUAUGCACUGUAUUCCGGCCACAUCUCUAUCCAGUCAUCUACAACAGUCUAAUGAAAUCUGUUCAAAGAUUGUAUUGAUGUGCAAAAAGUAUGUUAUACUGUGUCAAGCAGUUACAAUCCAGUUUUAAGUAGCUUCAUCAGGCAAGCUAGUGAACUUUUAUUUCUCAUGUGACGCUAAAUCUACGAUUCUUAGUGCACGAAAAGAUAUAACAAAAUAUAAAAAAAUGUAUGGCUUAAGUAAACUGCUGAAUAACUAUUCUGCCCAUCACUACAGCCUUAUUAUAUCAGGGAAAGUAAACUUUAGAAAGUUUCUUCUUUCAUCUAGCUUCACAACAAUAUUAUAAAAAGUUCAGAUCCAUAUGUGUUGUAAAUUGUGUAAUGAAAAUUCAUAUUUCUCAGGCAGUGGUCUGUUUUUAUGAGCAGGUUAAUAGCUGUGUAUGUUCUGAAGUAAAUGUCUCAAAAUUUGUGUUAUAUUUUGUAGAAACUGUGGUUAGACAAGCUACCAAUCAAAAAGUUUCGUCCCAGCCAAAGUGUUUUUAAAUAUUAUUUGAUCUUCUUUCAUUGGCUCUGAACAUAUCACCAUAAAAUCAUUAUCAUAUGCAGGUUUGUGAAUUUAAAUGAAACAAAAAUCCUGGUGUACUUUUAGGUUAAAAUAGAAUUGUGCAUCGUUUGUGCCAUGCUUUAAAAGGGAUGUGGGAUAAUUAAAAUCUAGAGGAAGAGCAAGUACUGCUGUAGUUUUUUUAGGUGUGAAUAUUUUCAUAAAAUUUUGCUUUUUAGCUUCAAAAAAAUAUUUCAUCCAACGAGUUUGUAUAUGUCUGCUUGAUAUAGUUUUUGCUUCUUUUUUUUUCAACGUGUCCAUAACAUUGUUUAUGUAAAAAAUGCAAGAUUUUAUGAUCAAAAUAAUUCUUUUUGUAACAUAGAAGAGGAAAAAAUGGCUCGAUGUUCACAAUAUCCAAUUUUAUGGGGCAAAAAUGCUUUUUGACCUUUUUUCUCCCCUAGAUGCUUUAAUCCUUAUGGAUUGUCAUUGUGGUAUGUAAUGCUAAUGGCUGUUGGAAAGAUUUUCGCCAGUUUUUUUAUUUGCGAAAAAAGGAUGCAGAUGUAUUAUGAAUUCUUGAGUUCUUACUUUGCCCAUGUGUGUUAUGAAUGACUUUAAGCAUGAAAAUUGUUCAUUUCUUACUACAUUUGCAAUAUCUUUGAAGGGAGUAUUUCUUUUUGUAUAUUUUUUUAAUUCUGUAAUUGAAUUAUAACUUGAAGGGUAUGGGUCAAUCUCGAUGAUCCGAGAAAUUGAAAAAAAUUAAGAAGUAAGAAAUGAAAGAAUUCUGCUUGCAAUAUGUAGAAAAUGUUAUUUUCUUAAAAUUACAGUGUUGUUCUUUUGUUGUGGAGUUUUUCUUAAUAUUUUAAGGUAAAACAUUGAUUUUUUAGUAUGUUUUGUGUAAUGAUAUCAAAAAAAUUGUUUAAUCAAAAUCUUAUUGUUUAAGUUUUUGUAAACACAUCGAAAACAAGCUCCCUAUUUAUGUUUUGCAAUUGGAAUAUUAGUAUAGCAAGGUUGCUGUAAUAUUGUUGGGUUGGAUAUCAUAAAAAGUCUUGGUCUUUUAUUGCAAGUAACAACAGUGAUGCUUAAAGUUUGCAAAGAUACUAGGCAGUAUGCUGUUUUUAACGACUGUAGAUAAUUUGAAAUUGAUAUAUUUUACUGUGUAUGGUAGCUUUUAUUUGCGGUAGAAGGACGCAGUAUAAUUGUAAAAAGAUACAAUUAAGUGAAUGAUAAAAUUUUAAAUCUUUAUAUCUUUGCUUAUGUUAUUUGUGUGAGUUUUAAUAUUUCUUUUCUCUCUUUCUCUUAAUUCAGAUCAAGACUGUACUUAUUAAUGAUUGAGUGAGUUCUGUAACAUAGAGCAAGUGACUCUUGCUCUGAAUUGUUAAAGCUGUGAAAUUUUUGCAGUAAAUAAGGACUUCUAGUUCAAUAGGUUUUAAAUUAAGAUAAGUGUUUAUUUUUUGUGUAAGCAAUUCUUUCUUUUUUAUAUUCAAUUAAAUUAAAAAUUUAUAUAAAAUAUUCAUUUGGAAAUGGAUAAUCUGGUGAAGUUUUAAACAGACUGGUAAAAACUAGUAUGAGAAGUUCUGUACCUUUCUUAAUAUUCUUUGAGUAUUAUUAUUUAUUAAAAUUUUAAAUUGUUCUUAUAAAUAUUAUUUUUCUUAUAGAAUUAUUUGAAAUAUUGGUGACGAAUUAUGGAAUGAAGAAAUGUGUGGAAACAAAACUAGAUUGAUUAAAAAACUGCUAAAUAUUUAAAACUUGAAAGCACACUAUUGGCUCAGUGUCACAGAACUCAUCCUUUCUUAACUUUUGCGCAUUUUUUUUAAAAAAGAAAAUUUCAUUUGGUAUAUUGUUCCUCAAAUUUAAUUUUGCUUUCUUUUAUUUAGUUAAACACCAUCAUAUGAAUUCUUAUUUUCUUUGAAGUUGAAUAUAUGUUUAAUGAAGCUGUACAAAUUUAUUUGCUUUUGAGUUACUGUUUUAUUAUGAGCAGUUUAUGUACUAUUGUAUCAAAAAUUGUAGUAGCAUAAAUUGCAGUACAUAACAUGAGCUUCAUUGUAUCCAUUACCUUUGUUGUAUUAUGUCAUUGUGUCAGUGUUAAUAAAGAUCAGCAUUUCUCUGACAGAAAAAGAUAUGCAAUGCUGACCUUUUUAUAGUUAUGUGAAUUAUUUCAAGAGAUUUCUCGAGUAUAAUAAAAUUAUAGGUUAAAAUAAUAUCGUGGAUUAGUAUUUAACGUAUAAAAAAAAAAGGUUUUUUUUUUUAAAGUCUUCAUUGUUGCUCCAGAAUUAAAAAUAUUUCAAAAACUUUUUUUAGUGUGUAUGCAGCUCAAAUGGUUUUUAAUAGAUCAAAUGUGUAGCAAAGUUUGAAGCGUAUGUAACUUUAACAUUAAGAAGUAGUUAUAAAUUAUGUGUUUUUAUUCCAUUUUUUUUGUUUUGCUCUUAAUUUUGGGUUUAAAAAAUUUAUUAGCAUUUUUUCCUAUGUAAAAUUGUUAAGUGGAUGUUUAUUGUUAAACAAAUUUCAUCUUGAAAAUCGGGUCAGAAUCACUAAUAAAAGAUUUUUCUUUGCCUAAA